GUUCUGGGUUCUUGAAGGCUUACUUGAAGGCUUGAAGGAUGGGUUCAAUCGAUACUUCGAUUUCAGUUUUUGAUUUCAGAUUCUUGAAGGCUUGAAGGCUGGAUUCGAUUUCGGAUUUCUGGUUACUGAUAUGAUCAUGACUCUUGCACCUCCAUCGUUAUGCUCCUGCGAUGGAACAGAUUGUGGUCCCAAUCGUAAGUCAGAAAUUAUCAACCAGCGGAUUAAUGUGCAUUCUCCUGAUAUUCAAGAAAUAGUGUACCAGAAUUACGUUACCAAGGAAUCUUCAAACUAUUUAUUGGACUCCAUUCAACCAGUACUUGUUUUAUCUGGUCAUGAUCAUGAUCAGUGUGAUGUUGUCCACAAGCCAAAAUAUGGGCUUGUGAAGGAGCACACUGUGGGGACAAUAAGCUGGCAGCAGGGAAAUGUGUAUCCAUCUUUCAUGUUAGUGUCUGCUAGUAAUUUUGUCCCUUCAAAUACAUCCAGUUCUGAAGAGGCAGUCUUAACUCAACUGUGCUUUCUUCCUGUGCAACUACACAUAUAUAUAUGGUAACUCUUCACAGAUGAGUAGUGAUGAUUUAUACAGAUAAGCUGGUGGUGUGAGUUUUUGGCAUCAUUUUAGUGAUCUAAUGGCGUGUGGCAAACAAGAAGUAAAAGGAUAUAAUUUCAAAGUAUAGCUCCUUUCUUGAAGCUCCUCAUUCAUCAGGUGAAUGAAUCAUAUCACUUUGUCUGAUAGCAUCUUCAUGUUCUUGUGAUCUUAUAGAGUAAUCUGUAGCAGCUGAAAGUGUUUCAUAAAAGCCAUUUAAAAUCGAUCUGUAUUGUUGUAAUUUGACUGUAGUUUGUAAAAGGAACAUGUUUUGCUUUUACUGGCAUAUCUUUCUAACA